AUGUCCGGUAUUGAGGUGGUGGGCGUGGUCCUUGGCACCAUACCGCUGCUCAUAUCCGCCCUGGAACAUUACCGACACGGCGCCUCAGCGAUACGGAUUUGGCGGAGUCUAAUAACCGACCUGGAGAACGAAAGGAUCAGGCUUCAAGAUGUGAGUGAGAAGCUUCUCACUGGCAUCGUUCCGGACUCUAAGGUCGAUGACAUGGUCAAUGACCCAUUUGGCCCCUCGUGGCAUGAGGAUGCCGUUCGUAAGAUGAUCGAAGCCAGGCUUUGGGACUUGCGACCCUAUCAGAUCUUGCUAGAGAAGGUUGGAGAAAUCAAGCUGGCUAUCGAAGUUAUAGCAAAGUCAAUCAAUCCGCCGCUAAAUGGAAAGAACAACAUCACCGACAUUGAGUCGCUGAUUGAUCGAAGUAUCGGAAUGGCCCCUAGGAGAGAAUCACGAGCGCGAGGCAGGACAAUGCAGUUAGUUCACGAACUAGCAGGAAGCCUUCAUCAAGCGCUAUUGUCCAGUUUUCCAGGCAAUUGCUCGCAUGAGGUGUACAUGCAAGUUAUGCCGCAAACGCUAGGGAGAGUAGCUCGCCGGAGUGACGAGGAGAUUCUGCAGAAUAUUGAUGUUCAUAUGUCCAUGAACUUCGGCAUCGCUGACCAGGCUGGCGGUUUUCAUCAAGGAUCUAUGUGGGAAGAGAUCGUGAUUCGCUACCAUCAACCCAAAAAGCCCAGACGCUCAGUCGACACCAACAAACCAGUGGGCAAUGACGUCCUUCAGGCUGCUCCGGACUCUGAUACGAAGGUCACUAUCGCUGCUCCAAAUCCGAUAGUCAACCUUUGCGAAAAAAUACGCAAGCGACAAAUCCAAGGCGGGACCGGCUCUUACAGAGAAAUCACAGACAAGACUUCGGAAAAGCCCAGAGAAUAUCGCGUCUACCCUGGCAAAUGCCUGCCCGGUCGUGAUGCUUGGAGUGCUGUAGCUCUGCGGGAGGUUCUCGAGGAUCCGAGCAAGUAUUCCGGCUUACACGGGCAAUACGUGGCAAAGAGAAAAUCGGCUGCCUCUAUUUCUGUCGGCUUCCUACAACUACAUCAGACGCACUGGCUACCGGAUAUGGUUACAAGUCACGAUGUCUUAUUCUUGAAGAAGGACGCUCUACUUCGCUAUGGCGAUACCUUUGUCAUGGCCACUCUACCAAGUCUAGACGGAAGAUUAGGGAAACAAGCGGCACCCUUAUUCGGUUGUCGAAACCCAGCUUUGGUUUCGCUCGGUACCCUCCUCGCAGAACUUGGGUGCGGAGAGACCGCGGAGUCGAUGCGAAAUACCGACGAAAAGGCAAUGCUCGGCGUGUCACGGCUGCUCUGCGAUAGACUGGCAGCGUAUCGAGUGUUGCGGCACGAGCUUGGAGGUAUAACUUACGCCAACGCGGUCAGAUGUUGUAUCGAGGAAGAGUUCAAUCGAGAACAUCUGGACUUGACUGAUCAGGAUUUCUGGCAAGAGGUGUAUGAACGACUUGUGAGGCCGAUGGAAGAUGAGCAGUACGGAUAUGUAUAA